GUAAUUGUUGGAAAUAUCAUGGAUAUGUAAAGCAAAUGAACAAAGAAAGGUUCACAUCAAGAAGCAGCAGGGAAUGGAGGCCCGCAAAGGCAGCUAGAGAAGUGAAAUGGGCAGGAGACAUAUUAAAUUAUGAGUGAGCUUGCUAUGAAGAAAGAACCCACACAUUUUAGAAGGCAGUGCAAUGAGGUUUCCUUAGGUCUGAUAGAAGAUGAGAGGGAAGCAGGGGAAAAAAGAAAUGGAGAAAGAAGAGCAGGAAAUAAUUUAACGUCAACUGAACCUCCUGGAAGGAAAGAGAAAGGUCAUCCUCUUGUUUUGCAUAUCACCUGGAAUCAUCUAAAAGCCACCUUCUAUGGAGCAGAGCCUGCAAGGCAAUCAAUUCUGGCACUUGGGUCAGUUGGAUGUGAUGUGGCCCUGCAGGUUUCCAGCAUCCAGUAAUGAAGAUUCUCCAUUGCCUCCUAGGUCCUACCAUCUUCCCUCCAGGACCUCAACGGUAAGGAGAGGCAGUGGAGACCAAUCCUCUAAGAUGUUCAUUUGGACCAGUGGCCGGAGCUCCACAUCAUACAGGCAUGAUGAGAGAAGAAAUAUUUACCAAAAAAUCAGGGAUCAUGAUCUACUGGACAAAAGGAAAACAGUCACCGCUCUCAAAGCAGGAGAGGACCGGGCCAUACUGCUGGGACUGGCCAUGAUGGUGUGCUCCAUAAUGAUGUACUUCCUCCUGGGCAUCACACUGCUGAGGUCAUACAUGCAAAGUGUUUGGACAGAAGAGACACAGUGCACACUCCUCAACGCCUCCAUCACAGAAACCUUUAACUGUUCAUUCAGCUGUGGCCAUGACGGCUGGAAAAUCUCUCAGUACCCCUGCUUACAGGUCUAUGUCAAUGUAUCCUCUUCGGGGCAAAAGUACUUACUUUAUCACACAGAAGAGACCAUCAAAAUUAAUUCUGAGUGUUCUUAUAUACCCAAAUGUGGAAAGAACUUUGAAGAGUCUUUGUCCCUUGUGAAUGUCGUCAUGGAGAACUUCAAGAAGUAUCAGCACUUUACCUGUUUCUAUGACCCGGAAGGCAUUCAGAAGAAUGUGUUGCUAACCAAACUUUACAGUUCCAAUGUGCUGUUCCACUCACUCUUUUGGCCAACAUGUAUGAUGAUAGGUGGACUUGUAAUUGUUGCCAUGGUCAAGUUGACCCAAUAUCUGUCUCUUCUUUGUGAAAGGAUCCAACGGAUCAACAGAUAGAAGCAACCACUUGCUUCUAGGAUUUGACUUACAGCUGAAAUACUGUUGUUUUUUUCCAUUCUUCACCAAAGAACCUUAAGUUUGUAAUGCUUCUGUUCUAAGUUCCUUAUAUUUUUAUGAAGUAGAGCAAUAAUGAAAAAGGCUGUUCUAUAUGCAACUGUGAUGUUAUUAUUAUGCAUACAAUGAGAGAAGGAAUUACCAUUUGCAUUGGCCAUCUACAUGAUCUUGAUUUAUGCUGCAACUUAAUUAUUUUUCUUCUUCUCUUCUUCCUCCUCUUCUUCCUCCUUUUUCUACAGCCAAAACAGGGCUCAGUGUGAUCUUUUGCCAAGCCUUGUUAAUAAAAGGAUCGUCUCAGCACAAAUCUAUUUUGGAAGGUUCUCCCGCGUGGCCACAUGUCUUCAUGUGGACCAUUUAAGUUCCACUUAGGCACUGGGAAGGGGAAGAAAAGGUGCAGAGUGGAGUGGGGGGAUAGUGAAAGGUAAGAACUCAAUUUGCCUGUCUGAAGUGGAACUAAGAUGGAAGACUUGAUCCAGAAAUCUUUUGCAGAUAUAGAAUCUUACAAAAACAGGGGAAAUCCAAAGACACACAUUGCUGUACACCCAGGCCCAAAUCUAGUGGAGCAUAAUCUCAGUGAAGUUCCAUUGAAAUUGAUAAGACAUU